AUGCUCGGUCUAGGCAGCCUGGGAGUAGGUUCCCUCUUUGCAUCAUUACUCCAGCUCUUCGGCAGAGAGUCAUCCUCUAUUACGCACCAUCCCGUACUUCCACCCUCUUAUCCAUUAGCAGUUCGCAAUCCCUACCUAUCAGCAUGGAUGCCCAGCGACCAAGUCCCUCAGCUGCCAUUUUCCGAGCCUCAGUUCUGGGCGGGCCAAAAAUUGGGAUGGUCUGUGAUUAUCCGUGUCAAUGGACAGGCGUACAGUCUGAUGGGCAUGCCUGACACCGACGGUAAAUUCAUUCGCCCUGCCGAGGUACGACGUGCGGAGUUCACGGCUACUCAUACGAUCUUUGAUCUUGUCGCCGGACCUGUUGCGGUCACAUUGGACUUCUUGUCGCCAGUUUCGCCCUCGGAUUAUUUGAGGCAGUCGCUUCCUUUCAGUUAUUUGACAGUACUUGUGUCUGGUUCGCACGGCUAUGACAUCCAAGUUUAUUCUGAUAUUGAUGCCAGAUGGACUGGUCGAGAGAGUCGCUCAGAGUGUGAAUUUGAAGAAAAUGACGGUCUCGCUUUUUAUUCUCUUACAGUUGGAGAUGCGACACUGUACGAAGAGGCCGAUGACAUGGCGCUUUGGGGAUCGGCCAUCUUUGCCUCCCGGCCGUCGAACUUCACGACUUUGUCCGCUCAUUCGGGCAGCCCAGAAGACGUCAGGCGAAAUUUUAUUGAAGAAGGCAAGCUUUCCGGUGAAGGGAGCUGGAGUGGUGGGAAUGUGGUCGCACUCGCUCACGAUCUCGGUGAAGUCACAGGAGGGCUUUCUGUGAACUUCGCAGUCGGGUACGAAAGAGAGGCCGCAAUUAAUUACUUGGGACAACCAUAUACGGGUUACUAUCGAGCAAAGUAUCCGACUACGUCGAGCGCACUUUCGUUCUUCUUGGAUGACUACGCUAAUGCCUUGCUGGAGUCUCUGAAGCUGGACCAGGAGCUCACCACUUCAUCUGCGGCCGCUGCGGGCUCCAAGUACGCUGAUAUCCUUGCUCUGUCAACACGGCAAGUGUAUGGAGGCAUUGAUUUGACUAUUCCCAAUGGCUCACUUGACACGGACGACGUGUUAGCUUUCAUCAAAGAGCUUUCUAGCGACGGGAAUGUUAAUACCAUCGAUGUGAUUAUGCCCGCUUUUCCUAUAUUCUAUGUCAUGGAUCCGGACUACAUUCGUCUGCUUUUGGAGCCCGCGAUGAAAUAUCUUGCUGCUGGUCGUUGGCAUUUGCCAUAUACAAUCCACGAUAUCGGUACUCAUUAUCCUCACGCUAUCGGCCAUGAUGAUCAAAAGGCUGAGCCUAUGCCUAUCGAGGAAUCCGGUAACUUGCUUAUUCUAGCUGCCACAUACUCUCACGCAAUAGGUGACACAAACUGGACGUCACGGUACACUAACAUCUUCCGGGGGUAUGCCGACUAUUUGGUAGAAAAUGGCAUUGACAUCGCCAAUCAACUGUCAUCCAAUGAUGCAGCUGGUCCUCUCACAAAUGAGACAAACCUUGCAAUCAAGGCUGCAGUUGGCAUCAAAGCUUUUGGACAGAUGAGGGGGGAAAACUAUUAUUCCCUCAUUGGGGACGAGCAUGCCAGCAUCAUAUUCCAACAAGGCUUAGGAACUGAUCUCAAUCAGACGCACUUUGCGCUGCAAUACCCUGACUGGCCAGAAACCUGGAAAACACCAUACAAUAUGUUCCCUGAUGUCCUGCUGGGCUUGAAAACAUUCCCCGACGCUGCUUAUCGAAUGGGAAGUGACUUCUUUAGAACCGUGCGUGGCGAUUAUGGCGUUCCACUUGACAAUCGCCAAGAUUGGGCCAAAUCAGACUGGAAUAUGUGGUUGGCUGGAACUUUCGAGACGAGCACGCGGGACGAGUUUGUCGAAGACCUCUGGGCCUUUAUGACCAAUGGAAAACACAACUGGCCAUUCUCUGACCGGUACGUUGCAAGUUCAGAACAUGGCAAUGAGCCCGGGGUUCCUAUCUUGUGUCGAGCACGCCCUACUGUUGGAGGUCACUUUGCUCUUCUUGCGCUUGCGGGGCCACGGUCUAUGGGAUCUAUAUCUUGUUGCCGUGGGGUUGGGUCGGAAUCCUUGGGGCAUGGAGACAAAUUGCAUCCCCUGACUGGAAAGCAUACAGAGGAGCUUUGA